UCUGCUGGCGGCGCUGGCUCUCCUUUGGCCGUGCUGAAACCUGAUGAUGCUGCCAUGCUUCCCACCGCUGGUCUUGCUUUGCUCGGCCUUCUCCUUGGGGCACCCCUGCCCUGCCAUCUGCAGCUGCAUGGACUAUCACACCAUCGACUGCCGGGGUCGAGGGCUGCCUCACCUCCCCACCCCGUUCCCCCUGGACGUACGGAAACUUCUGAUCGCCAACAACAACAUCCAGAAAAUUCCAGAAGACUUCUUUGUCUUCCACAGUGACCUGGUCUACUUGGACUUCAGGAACAAUUCCAUUACUACUCUGGAAGAUGGCACAUUCAGCAGCUCCAGCAAGCUGGUAUAUUUGGAUCUGAGCUAUAACAACUUGACUCAGCUGGGCGCCGGCAUCUUCCGGUCAGCAGAGAGGUUGAUCAAGCUACACCUCGGGAACAACCACCUGGUAGCGGUGGACGAGGCUGCUUUUGAGAGCCUGGACCAGCUCCAGGUGCUGGAGCUGAACCACAAUGACUUAAAGGCGCUGGAUGUGGCCGCCCUGGAGGCACUACCCAGCCUACGGAUCCUCCACCUGGAAGGCAACCCCUGGCUCUGCAACUGUGACUUUGCCAGCCUCUUCCGCUGGCUGGAGGAGAACGCCUUCAAACUCCCGAAAGGUCUCAGUGAAAUCCAGUGCACUGUCCCCAUGGAGGACAACUCCAUCUUCCUCAGUGAAUUAACAGAAGCCAGUUUUAGGGAUUGCAAAUUCAGGUUGUCCCUGGUGGACCUUCUGAUCAUCAUCUUCUCUGGGGCAGCCGUCUCCAUCGCUGCGAUCAUUUCUAGCUUUGUCCUGGCGCUGCUCGUGAACUGCUUCCAGCGGUGUGCGCCCAGCAAAGAUGAUGAAGAAGAGGAUGAAGAAGACUGAGUCACCUACCCUCUACCUCUACCUGCACCCACCUUCCAUGUUCAGAUGGGGGGAAGGGCCACCACUUGUUAAAAAGGGCAACUCAGCCCUACAGCUUUACAAUGCCACUUCCACAGGCUGACCUGGAGUUUCUCCAGUGGGAUUGAAAUAUGCUUCCUGGGGAAAAGGCAACUUUCCCCAGGAGCACUUGGAUCCACUCCAGUGGUUACAAGUGACCGUCUCUCAGAAGGCAAGAAGAAACAGAGAAGCAGGAGGCAGACUGGUAGUGCAUUUUAAAUAGUCUCUCUGUGAUGUAAUUUAGAGAACAGACAGCUGCAAAUCAGCAGGAAAUCCAUCUGGACAAAUCUCCUACGAUCCGAAGGAGAGGGGCCCACGUAAUGCAGGAUGUGGGCUUCAUCCACUGAUGAACUUCUCCAGUUCCUCUCAGGGAACGCUGCCCGCUUGCUGUCUGAAGAAGGGCCCUUCCUUGCAGUGGAGCCCAAGACACCACGCCAUCUGCGCGCUGCCAUGCUGGCCUUGGCAGCCAACUUGCCUCGGGACACAGCCAUCCCACCUCUUUUGGUUUGGCAUGCCCUGGGUGAGCAGACCGAGCCCUUGCUGCAGCGGCAUCAGCUGCAUCCGCCCUGCCUGGGACAUCUCCUACUGCAGGUGGAAGAACUUCUUGGAACAUCUCCUGUACUGCUCAGCCAACAGGAGCAGAAGGACGCGAGCCAGACAGAGUGCCUGAAAUGGCUGGGUGACCGUCAUUAUCUUCUUCUCUGUUUUGGGAAUAACUUUCAUUCAUUCUCAUGGAAAAGAAAUGGCGCUGGUUCUUUGUUUCUCCAAAAGAGAAGAGCAUUUUCGUCAAAUUUUUGAGAGUGUGAUACUUGCACUUACCUCAGCUCUAAGCGGGUCGGGGGUCUGAAUGUCCAGCCUUUCCUUGGAGAAGCACUUCUCCAGCUUGGCUCCCCAUUUUCCCCCUUUUCCAUGAAGGGGAAGUCUGUCAGGUCUAGCCCAAGGAACUCCAAGAGACAAUGCCAAUUCAGUCCAACUAUGUUUAUUAGCUACAACCUCUAGCAAGAAAAGACUAGAGGUUGUAGCCAGACUAAAACCUCCCAAAGUCCUCCAGCCACAACAG